AUAAAAAUAAAAAAGAGAAAAUUGAAGAAGAAGAAGAGAAAAACCAGAAAAGAGGAAUUUUGAUUUGAUUGAAAGUGAAACCCUAACCCUAACCACCGCCACCACCAUCAUCAUCAUCAUCGAUCGAGAUCAAUUGAAUUUCAUAAUCGAAAAAUGAGCGAGCAAGAUUCCAAGACCAGAGGGAUCGGUAUUGAUCCAGAGAGCCAAUACUACUACGGCACCUUCCAAGGCGUCGCAAAUUCCUAUCCUCCUCCGCAACCUUCUCAUCCCGUCUUCGGUUUUCCGCCGCCGCUUCCUCCUCCCGCCGCCACCGCCUCCACCAGCCAUCCUCGAUACCCUCAUACUCACUAUAACCAUGGAUAUCAGACCGUUCCUGGUAUUGCUAUUGUUGAGGGACAUCCUAUAAGAGAACAUCGUCUUCCUUGCUGUGGUCUUGGCAUGGGCUGGUUCUUGUUCUUAAUUGGAUUCUUCUUUGGUGGAAUUCCUUGGUAUGUUGGAGCGUUUGUUCUACUUUUUGUACGAGUGGACUACCGAGAAAAGCCUGGAUAUGCUGCCUGCACUAUAGCUUUUCAUCAGUACCAGGUUGUGGGAAGGGCUCUCCCUACUGAGUCAGAUGACCAUCCUAAGAUUUACAGGAUGAAGCUUUGGGCCACCAAUGAAGUCCGUGCCAAGUCCAAGUUUUGGUAUUUUUUGAGGAAGUUGAAGAAAGUUAAGAAGAGCAAUGGACAGGUUCUUGCUAUCAAUGAGAUCUUUGAGAAGAAUCCUACAACAAUCAAGAACUUCGGUAUCUGGUUGAGGUAUCAAAGUCGAACUGGUUAUCACAACAUGUACAAGGAGUACCGUGACACCACACUUAACGGAGCUGUGGAACAGAUGUACACCGAGAUGGCUUCUCGUCAUAGGGUCAGGUUUCCUUGCAUCCAAAUCAUCAAGACUGCAACUAUCCCUGCUAAGCUUUGCAAGAGAGAAAUCACCAAGCAAUUCCACAACUCGAAAAUCAAGUUCCCAUUGGUCUUCAAGAAGGUUAGGCCACCAACCAGGAAGUUGAAGACCACAUACAAAGCAACAAGGCCCAACUUGUUCAUGUAACUUGGUUAUUUAACAAUCAAGCUAUAAAGAGAAGUUGAGUGAGUGAGUGACUCAGUUGAUUCCUAAAUCUUUUUUUUGGUAGAAACCUUUUUUGUCUGUUUUGUUUUGAAGGAUAUUUCAGUCGUUUGAGCAUAAAUUUUAAUUUAUUUUUCUUUUAUUGACACUUUAUGAGAUCAUAUUUGUCUUACAAAUUACAACUAUCAAGAUUUUGCUAUUUCUAAAAGAUAUUUCAGAAAUGUUAGUUAACAAUUCUUCUA